AUGGCGUCUGAAGCCGCAAUGAGCCAGGACAACACGCCCGUUCCCUCGACCGAGGGCGCAACCCAAGGUCAGACCAUGUCUGAAGCCGAGCUGGACCAGAUGCAGAGCAUCCUCGACUUCGUCUAUGACUACAGAACUCCCGAGUAUGCGCAACUCGUUAUACAUGAUUAUGCGACUCUGAACUGA